AUGGCUUUCAACUUCAACUGGUCGCCGCUGACUGCGGACGCCUCGUUCUACGAACGGGCCACCGACCUGCUCACAGCCGCCCUGAACAAGUCGCCUAAACCGCCCAUCAUCGUCGACGAUAUCCUCGUCACCGAACUCAACCUAGGCACCGUCCCCCCCGAGCUGGAGAUUCUCGAGAUAGGAGACCUAGCCGAGGAUCGCUUCAGGGGCAUUUUCAAGAUGUGCUACUCGGGCGAUGCACACAUCACGCUCAGGACGAGAGUUCAGGCAAAUCCGAUGGCCACCUACCUAUCGGCCAAGCCGUCUUUCACAUCGCCGCAGCCAUUGGCUGCCGCGGCGGGGCUUACGAUACCUCUGUCCAUCACAUUGUCAGAGAUCAAGCUGUCUGCAUUUGUGAUAUUGGUGUUUUCGAAACAAAAGGGUCUGACAAUAGUCUUCCGCAAUGACCCUCUCGAGUCUAUCAAGGUCUCAUCGACCUUCGACUCCAUCCAGUUCGUCCGGGAUUAUUUGCAAAAGACCAUCGAAGGCCAAUUACGUAACUUGUUCAUGGACGAGCUACCUUCCAUCAUCCACAAGCUGUCACUAAGACUUUGGUGUCCGGAUCAGCUGCCGAGAGACGACGCUGAAAAGUCGAAGGACAGGACUGACGACGAGGUUGAAGUCGACCCCUUCGCAGCUCCACCAGCAGAUGCAGUCGACUCGAGAGGUCAUGUGCUUGAUGCGAAUGAACUUGCAUCUCUGUCUCUGAAUGGCGGGGCUGAGGUGCAUUCGCUCUUCUCACAGAAGAACUUGCUCAAGUUGGCUGCUCUCAACGAGUCACACCGAACCUUGUCGCUUUUCACUCCUGGCAUUCAGGAUGCCAUGUUCCGAGCCUGGCUGGGUCCUAUGGAGCGAAUUGAGGCAGGGCGUUCGACACCAAUCGCAACACCCAGUCUGGUGAGGACUCAAUCCGUACAGGGAAGCUCGACGACCUACACAUUUACAGAUUCCGCCAGCCAGGAUAAUGGUUCAAUCUCGUCAAGGCCAUCGUUGAUCAGUUUGAACUCUGCUACCACUGGCCUGACUCUUGGUGGAAAUCGAAACACCAAAUCGAGGAAGAAGAAGACUCGCGUUGUCAAUCUGCGCCGCUCCCAGACUGGCACGGCCAGCGAGACUACCAGUGAAAUGGGAGACUCGGCGUCUGAAACGAACUCCGUAGCUGUGCCGAGUUCAGAACCACUCAUGUCGAUCUCAAUUCCAGAAGAGCCCGAGGAGCAGGCAACUCAGCCUCAGGGCAGUCCGAGAACUGUACGCUUCAGAACUGCGGAAGAGAAAGUUGCAAUUUCGCGGGCGCCUCUGAAUAUGGAAAUUUACAACGAGCCAGUCCAAGCAGCUGUCCAUUCGGCAUCGGAGAAGGAGACCAAGACAUCAGCUGCGCAGCAGGAGAAGAUUGCGGAAGCUAUGACAUCCUCCAAGAGCCCUUUUAAUUUGGACCGUAAGAGAAACGGUGGAUCUGAGACCUCCUCCGUGAUUCUGGAGCAAGCCUGGAUCACAAAGAUGGCGGGCGAGAUCGCUCGCCGGGUAUAUGAUGAGAAGCAAAGAAACCCGACUUUCUGGGCUGAGAGGGACGACAUGCCCCCUCCCGCUUAUGAAGCUACACAAUAG